AUGAAGGCCACCACCUGUCACCAUACGGCCUGGUGCAGGCUGGUUUCGACGAAAACACAGCUUUCCUGCUGUGUUCUGCUACUAGCGCAACUGGUGUUGCUUACCCACGCGCAACUCUCACAGCAACAAUCGAACGAUGUCAACCGAUACAACAGCAACCCGUCGGAUCCGUUUGGACGGCAGCAGUACAACCCCCAACAGCAGUACCCAAAUUCCCAGUACGAUCCGAACCAGCGCCUAAACCAGGGCAGCGGAUUGUCACCAACUUCCGGUACGAACUACCAGCGAGAUUUCUACAACAGCGGCGGCGGCGGCGGCGUCAACAGCCAGGACUCGAACAGCAUCGAUGCGAACCGGUUCGGGCAGCAAGAUGGCAACCGGAAUGUGAUCUUCCAGUCGACAACCCCGCGAGAUUAUUUCAAUCGUCAAACGACACCGGCAUCGCGGUCACGUGUGAGCACAUUCAACAGGAAUCCGUUCCUGAACGAUUUUGCCGCCGGCAAUCCGUUCUCUCGGGGCAUCACCUACUUCAUCGUCGCCUCGCGGAUAGUACGUCCCGGGCAGGUGUACAAGGUGUCCGUGUCGGUGUUGGAAUCACAUCUGCCACUCGGCGUGCGGGCUAGUAUCUCGCGCGAUGGCGUUGAGAUGAGUAGUGAGGUUAAACCGAUCACAGUAGGCGUACCGGAAACGCUGCUGAUGCGUGUACCACCGACAAGCGUGUUCGGAGAGUACAAGCUGCGUGUGGAGGGCUCGUACGACAAGAACUUUGGUGGGUACGUGUUCGUCAACGAGACGAAACUCAUCUUCUCCCAGCGCUCGAUGACGAUCUUCGUGCAGACGGACAAACCGGUGUACAUGCAGGGCGAAACGGUGCGUUUCCGGGCGAUCCCGAUCACUACCGAACUGCGAGGGUUCGAUAAGGAGAUGAACGUGUACAUGCUGGAUCCGGCUGGCCACAUCAUGCGUCGGUGGUUGUCACGCCAAUCCAACCAGGGUUCGGUUAGCCUGCAGUACCAGCUAUCCGAUCAGCCCGUGUUCGGUGAGUGGAAGAUCCGCAUCGAGGCGCAGGGACAGAUCGAGGAGGCGAUCUUUAACGUGGAGGAGUACUACCAAACGCGCUUCGAAGUGAACGUCACGAUGCCGGCGUUCUUCUUCAACACGGAUCGCUACAUCCACGGGCGUAUUAUGGCGAACUUUACGAACGGCACACCAGUGAAGGGCAAUCUGACACUGAAGGCGACGAUCCGACCGAUCGGGUUCUUCAACCCGGAAGCCAUCAACCAGAUGAACCGUGUGGGAAAUCUCGGCCGAUUGACGAACCUGCAGACCGAGAACGUGCCGUACUACUUGCAGAAGACAAACCCGGAGCUGUUGUAUAACAACCCGCAGAACACCUUCACCAGCCAGGUUGGUGGUCGCGAUCGGGACGCGUACGAUUCAUCAGGCACGGCCUACGAUGGAAACCGGUACUCGAACAACUUCCAGGACACGUUCGUUAUCGAGCGGCACCUGAACUUCGACGAAGAGUGGCCUUUCUGGAUCAAGAAGCCGAUCGAAACAGACGCACAGUGGGAUUCGUGGUCGAACACGUACCGGGAGAGUUUACCGUUCCUGCGCUUCUUCAACGGCACCUACCAUUUCCGGUUCCCGAUGAGCGAGCUGGCUCAGUUAGUGCCAAACCUGUCGGGGAUGGAGAUUCUGUUCACGGCGCGUGUUGGAGAGCGCUUUUACAAUGAGGUAGUCGAAGGAUAUUCGCUGACGCGCGUGUACAACUCAUCCAUUCGCAUCGCUUUCUUGGGAGAAUCUCCUCAGGUGUUCAAACCAUCGAUGCCGUUCACGGUGUUCCUGAUCGCGGAGUAUCACGAUGGUUCUCCAUUACCACUGGAUGAGUUCCACGCCGGUCGUAUGGAGGUGUCCGGUUCGAUCGAAAGCCGCGCCUCAGGCGGACGCAGUUCGUUCGAUACGCGUGUGCUCCAAAUGUCGGAAAAUCCGGGCGUAUGGGAACUGAAGAUGGACAUCCGGCACGACCUGAACCUGGAGAACACGAAGCAAACGAACGAGUUCCUGAACGAGAUCCAAUCGAUGCGACUCACGGCGAACUACGUCGAUCCGUCGGGCGAACGAGCCAACACGGAGUUACUGCUGCUGGCCCAUUUCUCACCCAACAACCACAACAUCAAGGUGCACACGAGCACAACGAACGCAAAGGUCGGCGAGUACAUCACGCUGCACGUGCAGAGCAACUUCUACAUCAAGGACUUUAACUACCUCGUCAUGUCGAAGGGCAUCAUCCUAAUCACCGGCCACGAAAACAUGCAGGGUGGUGUGAAAACGAUGGCCAUCACACUGAGCGCUGAAAUGGCCCCUGCGGCAACGAUCGUGGUGUGGCACAUCGGACGUUACGGCAAACUGCUGACGGAUAGUCUCACGUUCCCGGUGAACGGUAUCUCGCGCAACAACUUCACCGUGUUCAUCAAUAACCGGAAAGCGCGCACCGGCGAGAAAGUCGAAGUGGCCAUCUACGGUGAGCCGGGUUCGUACGUCGGUCUGUCCGGUAUCGACAACGCGUUCUACACGAUGCAGGCCGGUAACGAGCUGACGUACGCGAACGUCAUCACGAAAAUGCUGUCUUUCGAUGAGCACACUAACGGCACGCUGAAGCAGACCUGGAUGUCACACGACGGCGAUCCGGAUGAGCUCGUGUACUAUCCGUCGUCGACGUUCGGUAUCGACGCGAACCGGACGUUCGAGUACGCUGGGUUGGUGGUGUUCACGGACGGAUACGUACCGAUGCGGCCAUUACUCUGCGAUCCUGCUCUCAACUACAGCGAGUGUUUGAAUGGGCGUUGUUACCGGGCGGAUAAGCGAUGUGACGGUUACAUGGACUGCGAGGAUGGUACGGAUGAGGCUGGGUGUAUGGUGCGCAACGAAACUCUACUGGCCGAGUUCCGCAAAUUCCGGUUCAAUCGCAUCCUGCGCCACUACCAAAACGUGUGGAUGUGGAAGGACGUGAACAUCGGACCGCAUGGUCGGUACAUCUUUAACCUGGAAGUACCGCAAGUUCCCGCUCUAUGGACGGUAUCUGCUUUCGGUAUUAGUGGAACGCUUGGCUAUGGCAUGUUGCGCAAACCUAUCGAGUACGUCGGUGUGCAGCCGUUCUUCAUUAACGUCGAGAUGCCGACCGCGUGUCAUCAGGGCGAACAGGUUGGCAUUCGAGUGGCUGUUUUCAACUACCAAACGGUCGAUAUCGAAGCAACGGUGGUACUACAUAGCUCUCCUGACUACCAGUUCGUGCACGUCGAGGAGGAUGGCAUCGUGAGGUCGUACAACCCACGCACGUCCUUUGGCGAACACCAGUUCUACAUCUACAUGAACGCACAGGACUCGGCAAACGUGUACCUGCCGAUCGUGCCAACACGGUUGGGUGAAAUCGAAGUGACGAUCCACGCGUCUACGCUGCUUGGAGCACACCAGAUCAGCCGCAAAAUUACGGUGGAAGCGGACGGACUCCCGCAGUACCGUCAUCAGUCGAUUCUGCUGGAUCUACGCAACCGUGCGUACCUGGUGCAGUUUAUGCACGUGAACGUAACCGAGACACCGAUCAUUCCGUACGAGAUCGAUCGGUACUAUGUGUUUGGAUCGAACCGAGCUCGCAUUUCGGUGGUAGGGGACGUUGUCGGGGCCAUCUUCCCGACCAUGCCAAUCAACACGACCUCGCUGCUGACACUGCCGAUGGAUGCUGCGGAACAGAACAUGUUCAGCUUCGCCGCCAACUUCUACACGAUCAAGUACAUGCGGGCGAGCACGCUGCGUGAUAAGAAAACCGAACGGCAGGCGUUCCACUUCAUGAACAUUCUGUACCAACGCCAGCUGAGCUACCUGAUGGAGGACGGUGGUUUUUCGCUGUUCCGCGCCGACUGGAACCAUUCAGCGCCAUCCGUCUGGUUGACGGCGUACUGUGCGCAGGUGUUUGGCGAGAUGGCCGGUUUGUACGAGUACGAGAACUUCAUCUUCAUCGAUCCGUACAUGAUACAGAAGAACAUGCACUGGUUGUUGCGCCACCAGAAGGACGACGGUUCGUUCUGGGAGGAAACCUGGCUACCCGAUCGGAAGGCGAACAGCUCCGGAUUCUUCUCACGCAACGAAAUCGUCCGGGAGAAGAACAUCACGCUAACGGCGCAUGUGCUCAUCACACUAACGACGGUUAAUCUUCCCGCCGGUAAACUUGCCGCCAGGGUUGCUCUCGCACAGCAACGAGCGUUACAGUACUUACAGCGGAGUCUGGCCACGAUAAAGGAAUUUGGAUCGGCGUACGAAGUGUCCAUAGUCGCGUAUGCCCUCAUGAUCGCCAAAGCACCAAAAGCUGAGGCAGCCUUCACGAUGCUGUCGGCAAAAAUGCGAUCGAUCGGCGAGUUCAAUUACUGGGGUAACGAAGAGGUGCCGCUGCCACCGACAAAGUUGGAAAAUCAACGCUACUUCUCGCUGCCUCGACUCCCGUACAAGUACGAUUCGCUCAACAUCCAGACGACGGCAUAUGCGCUGUUGACGUACGUUUCGCGCCAGGAACUGCAUGUCGAUCCGAUCGUGGCGUGGUUGAACGCACAGCGUCUGACAGAUGGUGGCUGGGCUUCCAGUCAGGAUACGGGUCUCGCGAUGAAAGCCCUCACCGAGUACAGCACACGCAAUCGCGUCUCGAACGUUACGCAGCUAGCGAUCAAGGUGGAAGCGACUUCGCUGCCCGGCGAAACGAAACAGCUUUACAUUACUCGUCAAAGUCUGGCUCAGCAGCAGUUUUUGGACGUGCCUAACGCUUGGGGUACGGUGAGAGUAGAAGCAACCGGUGUCGGUUACGCCAUUUUGCAGAUGCACGUGCAAUACUCGGUCGAUACGCACAAGUUCCAGACGCAACCGCCCGUACCGGCCUUCGAUCUGACCACGCGUACGAUCUUCCACGGCAGGAAUCAGUCGCAUAUCAGCUACGUCAUUUGUCAACGAUGGACUUAUACGGAGGAGUCGAUCCGCUCGGGCAUGGCCGUGUUGGAUGUGACCGUACCUACGGGUUACAUGAUCCAGCAGCAACGUCUGGAUUCCUACAUCUUGAGCCAACGCGUCCGAAACCUGCAGCGUGCUCGUUUCCAAGAGCGCAAGGUUCUUUUCUACUUCGACUAUCUGGACAACGAAUACGUUUGUGUGAACUUUACCCUGGAGAGAUGGAUGCCGGUGGCCAACAUGUCACGCUACUUGCCUAUCCGCGUGUACGAUUAUUACGCACCAGAACGUUUUAAUGAGACCAUAUUCGAUUCGCUACAAACGUACCUCCUGAACAUAUGCGAGGUCUGCGGUAGCUCGCAGUGUCCAUACUGUUCGAUCUACAAUCUUGCCGUACGCUUCCCGGGCUCGCUAAUGCUGAUGCUGGUGACGAGCGUUAUCCUCGUUGCUCGACACUAUCGAAUAGUGAACCCGAACGCGUGGAUCCUGUGGAACGAUUAA